CUGCUGCAUUUUAUUGCUUUGAUGAAAAGUUGAAAAAAGCUAGGCUAAAUGCUAAAGUGAUAUUGAAAUGAGUGACCAUCUUUGACAUUUUAGUCAUCUUUGCUGCAUUUUCUCAUUGGCUUCUUUCUCCAAAUAAUUCUGAUACUAGCUAGCUAGAAGACUCUUCAACCUCUUCACAACAUAUCUUCCAAAAAUGAUGAGGCAAAAUCCAAGAUCUUCAGUUGAAGAAUCCAGAAAUGGAAUUGUUCGUAGAAUGGUAAAUCUUCCCAGAAAUAUUUUUGGAAAUUUUUCCAGAGCAAUGGGACAAGGAAUGGACCUCAUUUCAGGAAGAAGGCAGAUGCUACCUACAAUGCCACCAAAUGUACCAUUUCAUCAAAAUGACCAGCUAAACUUCCCUCAUUUCCAGCAGAAUUUUCAAGAGCCCUCAAUGUUAAAUCAAGAGGAAUGGGCAUUUCUAGCUAGUUUUGAGCAGCAGUUUGGCACAAAUCAUCCUUUUUUCUACGUCUGCCGGUUCAUGGAUGCUCUAAGAAUGGCGCAGAAUGAACAGAAAUUCAUCUUCUUGUACUUGCAUUCCCCUGAGCACCCUUUCACACCUUCUUUCUGCAGGGAGACAUUAGGAUCAGAUCUAGUUGUGCAGUUUCUUGAUGCAAAUUUCAUCUGUUGGGGAGCGCUUGCGAACCGGGCUGAAGGGAUUCAUCUGGCUUCAACAUUAAGGGCCUCCACCUUUCCAUUCUGUGCAAUAGUAGCUCCAGCUUCUGGAGAUAACUUCGCAGUUCUACAACAGAUUGAAGGGCCAGUGUCCCCUGCUGAAUUAGUGGAGAUACUACAAAGGACCAUGGAAGAACAAGGAUUGGCAUUUGGCAGCAGAAGCAGGGCCAUGGAGGAAGAAAAACGGAGAGCGGAUCGCCGGUUGAGAGAAGAACAAGAUGUUGCCUACAUUUCAUCCCUCCAGAGAGAUCAGGUCCAGUUUAAGCAUUUACUUUUUUUCAAUCAUGAAUUCCAGUUUGAAAGGGCAACAUAUUCAUUGGUUUUUUGCUACAAAAGUUUUGGAAAAUAGAACUGAUGUUGGUUACAGAAUUAGUCCAACUAUAUUGAUCAAGCUUAUUCUUUGGUACACACGAUUGUUUUGCAGGAGAAAGAAAAACUCAAGAAUUUAGCUACAAAACAAAGAGGUCCUGAGAUUGCUGGUCCUUCCAAUUCGUCUAACAAAGAGAAAAUCAAACGAGAUCCCGGAAACCAGCGAAACAGCAAACUCAAGGCAAACCCGAAAACCGGAGAAGCUCCUCGUAAAGAUAAUCCCAUCGGUAAAGGAAUAGCUCAAGAAACCAAGGUAUUAAUAAGAACAAAGUACUGCAGUAGAUCGUCGACAAAUUAAUAAUUUAUAAAUUAAUAAUUUAUAGCAAUCAAUAAUUUUGUCCGGUCUCAACUUGGGACCAGUACAAACAAUGAAAAAAAAAAUUAAAAAUUUGAUAAGAUAAUAACAUUUCAGAGUCCCAACAUUACCAUAAAUUAAUAAAUAUCCUAGAAGAAAAAAAAAAUAAUAAUAACAAUAAAUAUUUAGUAAAAUAUGAACUAUAGUAUUUUUUAUUUCGGAGAAUGAUAUAUACUAUGUAUCGAUGUUUAGUUAGUAUUCCAAAGAGUUUAAACACUCAAUUCAUUUCAAUGUAAAGACAACUAGAUGGUACCCGCACGAUGUG